AUGUCUCGGAGGAAGAUUUCGUCCGAGUCCUUCAGCUCGCUGGGCUCCGACUACCUGGAGACCAGCCCGGAGGAGGAGGGGGACUGCCCCCUGUCUAGGCUCUGCUGGAACGGCAGCCGGAGCCCGCCCGGGCCGCCGGAGCCUCGUGCCGCCGCCGCCGCCGCCCCGGCCCCGGCCGCCUCCGCCGCCGCCGCCGCCGCCGCCGCCGCCGCCGCCACGGCCGGGGCCAGGAGGGCGCAGCGCCGGAGGCGGGUCAACCUAGACUCGCUGGGCGAGAGCAUCAGCCGCCUGACGGCACCCUCGCCUCAGACAAUACAGCAGACUCUCAAGAGGACAUUGCAGUAUUAUGAGCAUCAAGUUAUUGGUUACAGGGAUGCAGAAAAGAAUUUCCACAAUAUUUCUAACAGAUGCUCCUAUGCAGAUCAUUCCAAUAAAGACGAAAUUGAAGAUGUCUCAGGAAUUCUUCAGUGUACUGCUAAUAUACUCGGUUUGAAGUUUGAGGAAAUUCGAGAAAGAUUUGGUGAGGAAUUCUUUAAUAUAUGCUUUGAUGAGAAUGAGAGAGUUCUUCGAGCUGUAGGCGGCACCUUACAGGACUUUUUUAAUGGCUUUGAUGCUUUGUUGGAACACAUUAGAACUUCUUUUGGAAAACAGGCCACUCUGGAGUCACCAUCUUUCCUAUGCAAAGAGCUCCCUGGAGGUACUUUUAUGCUCCACUACUUCCACCCUCAUCAUAUUGUGGGGUUUGCGAUGCUGGGGAUGAUUAAGGCUGCAGGAAAGAAGAUCUAUCGGCUGGAUGUGGAAGUAGAACAGGUUGCCAAUGAGAAGCUGUGCUCGGAUGGUUCAAACCCAGGCAAUUGUAGCUGUCUUACCUUCCUUAUCAAAGAAUGUGAAAAUACUAAUACCACAAAGAACCCUCCACUGGGAACAUCCCAAGUUCCUGCGGACCUCAGAAUUAGCAUCAACACCUUCUGCAGAGCCUUCCCUUUCCAUUUGAUGUUUGACCCCAACAUGUCAGUCCUUCAGCUGGGGGAAGGCCUAAGGAAGCAGCUCCGAUGUGACAUUCACAAAGUGCUCAAGUUUGAGGACUGCUUUGAGGUCGUUUUCCCAAAGAUUAAUGCCACCUUCGAAAGGGUCCUGCUGCGACUCUCCACCCCAUUUGUGAUUAGGACCAAGCUUGAAGCUUCUGGCACUGAAAAUAAAGACAAGGUGAUGGAAGUCAAAGGACAGAUGAUCCAUGUCCCAGAAUCAAAUUCCAUUUUAUUUUUGGGCUCUCCCUGUGUGGACAAGCUGGACGAACUCAUGGGCCGAGGGCUGCAUCUCUCGGACAUCCCUAUCCAUGAUGCCACUCGAGAUGUCAUUUUGGUUGGUGAGCAGGCAAAGGCCCAAGAUGGCUUGAAGAAGAGGAUGGAUAAAUUAAAGGCAACUUUAGAAAGAACUCACCAGGCCCUGGAAGAAGAGAAGAAGAAGACAGUGGAUCUCCUAUAUUCCAUUUUCCCUGGCGAUGUAGCCCAGCAGUUGUGGCAAGGGCAGCAAGUGCAGGCCAGAAAGUUUGAUGAUGUGACCAUGCUCUUCUCAGACAUCGUGGGUUUCACUGCCAUCUGUGCCCAGUGUACUCCCAUGCAGGUGAUCAGCAUGCUGAACGAGCUGUACACACGGUUCGACCACCAGUGUGGGUUUUUGGAUAUCUAUAAAGUGGAAACAAUAGGUGAUGCAUACUGUGUUGCAGCAGGACUCCACAGAAAAAGCCUCUGCCAUGCGAAACCCAUUGCUCUGAUGGCCUUGAAGAUGAUGGAACUUUCAGAAGAAGUGCUGACACCUGAUGGAAGACCAAUUCAGUUGUCUAAUUCAGAAAUUUUAUUUGGAUUCAGAAUUGGAAUUCAAAUGAUGCCCAGCUACCACCAAAGUGAUACAGAGUUUGGAACAGAAAGCAUGAGAAUAGGCAUUCACUCGGGCUCUGUGCUGGCUGGAGUUGUUGGGGUAAGAAUGCCGCGAUAUUGCCUGUUUGGAAAUAAUGUCACUCUGGCAAGCAAAUUUGAAUCGGGAAGUCACCCUCGGCGCAUCAACAUCAGCCCAACCACUUACCAAUUAUUAAAACGGGAAGAAAGUUUCACAUUCAUUCCUCGGUCCCGUGAAGAGCUUCCAGACAACUUUCCAAAGGAAAUCCCUGGGACCUGCUAUUUCCUGGAGGUAAGGACUGGUCCAAAGCAGCCAAAGCCCUCUUUUUCUUCAUCGAGGAUAAAAAAGGUUUCCUACAACAUUGGCACCAUGUUCCUCCGGGAGACAAGCCUCUGA